CUGCCCCGCCGGCCCAGCGCGGGAGGCGGAAGUGCCGUGGGCCGCUGCCUUAGUCCCGGCUGCGGCCCCUGCGGGUUACAUAACCGGCUGCGGCCCACGGCCCCACUUCCGGCUCCCUGCGACCCCAGGAUGCGCUGAGCCCCACGGCACUGUCCGCCGCCGCCGGCUCCCGCCCGAGGUGUGAAUGACAGAGGUGGUGCCAUCCAGCGCCCUCAGCGAGGUCAGCCUGCGCCUCCUCUGCCACGAUGACAUAGACACUGUGAAGCAUCUGUGUGGUGACUGGUUCCCCAUUGAGUACCCAGACUCAUGGUAUCGUGACAUCACCUCCAACAAGAAGUUCUUUUCCCUUGCUGCAACCUACAGGGGUACCAUUGUAGGAAUGAUAGUAGCUGAAAUAAAAAGUAGGACCAAGAUACACAAGGAGGAUGGAGAUAUUCUAGCGUCCAACUUCUCUGUUGACACACAAGUUGCAUACAUUCUAAGUCUUGGAGUAGUGAAGGAAUUCAGAAAGCACGGCAUAGGUUCUCUUUUACUUGAGAGUUUAAAGGAUCACAUAUCCACCACUGCCCAGGACCACUGCAAAGCCAUCUACCUGCACGUCCUCACCACCAACAACACAGCAAUAAGCUUCUACGAAAACAGAGACUUCAAGCAGCACCACUAUCUCCCCUAUUACUAUUCCAUCCGUGGGGUCCUCAAAGAUGGCUUCACUUAUGUCCUCUACAUCAAUGGUGGCCACCCUCCCUGGACCAUCUUGGACUACAUCCAGCACCUGGGUUCUGCUCUAGCAAACCUGAGCCCCUGCUCCAUCCCACACAGGAUUUACCGCCAGGCCCACAGCCUGCUCUGCAGCUUCCUGCCGUGGUCGAGCAUCUCCACCAAGGGCGGCAUUGAGUACAGCCGGACCAUGUGAUGCCAGCCGGGCAGCCUCCAGCAGGUCCCACCCCUUGGCGCCCUGCGGAGCCCACCUUCCUGGCCAUUUGACCUCAACUGUGUUCUGCAGGGGAGCUGGCCCAUCACCUGCCCCAGCUGCAGGCCCGGUGCUACAUGGGCUCGGG